UUUUAAAUAUUUUUGUUUGGUGAUAAAUUAUAAUAUGUCGUUAAAUUUAAAAUAUCAAUUAUUUUAAUAUAUUUUCUAAUAUUAUUCAAUAUGUUAGUGUUACAAUUUUUCAUUUUGUCUGUUGGUAUCGAAACAUUUGAAUAUUUCAAGUACUUAGUUCAAUACUGUUUAAAAAAGCGCCAGAAAAAAGAAGAAAAAUUAUUUAAAUUGAUAAAUCAAGAUACAUGCAUUUCUACAUUAGAUGAAUAUGGAUUACGUUUCAUUCCACCUAUGUAUGUUCAAAGAUACAUGGCAGUACAAGAAAUUCUUGAACAUUCUUUUUGGCAAAAUUCUAUAAAAAAAGUGAUUGAUUUUGGUUGUUCUGAGAUGGGUAUGUUCAAACAUCUGAAGUCUAUUGUUGGUCUUGAACAUAUCAUACUUGUAGAUAUAGAUGAUUUUACAUUAGAAAUAAAUCAAAAUAAAGUAAUACCUACAAAUUAUGAUUAUUUUUGUAUGAAUGAAAAAAAAAAUCCUUUGACAGUUGAUAUUUAUCAUGGAAGUAUAUCAGAUUUAGAUGAUAGACUUUUAGGAGCUGAUGCUGUAAUUUGCAUAGAACUGAUUGAGCAUCUUUAUGCUGAAAUUUUAGAGGCAGUACCAUUUACAGUUUUUGAAUUUAUUAAGCCUAAAUUAGCAAUUUUUACAACUCCUAACGUAGAGUAUAAUAUUUUAUUUCCUAACUCUACUAGUCAAUUUAGACAUUAUGAUCACAAAUUUGAAUGGAAUAGAAAACAAUUUAGUGAUUGGAUUCAGAACAUUGUUUCAAGGUACCCCGAGUAUACCUUUCAAAUAGAUGGUAUAGGUCCUCCUCCUCUAAAUUCAAAAAAUUUCGGGCAUUGCAGUCAAAUGGUAACUUUUUAUCGUAAAAAUAUGCAAGAUAUAAACAUUUUACAAACUGGAAGUACACCUUAUAAGUUGUUAAGACGAGUUAAUUAUCCAUUCAAUAAUAAAAAUGAUAACAAUAGAUAUCAACAAAUAAUUUUUGAAGAAUUAAGAAAAUGUAUUGGAAAUGCUACUUUAAACAAGGAAUUUUUAGUGAAUGGUAAUUUGGAAUUACCAUUGAAUAAUGUUAUGCCAUUUGUUUCUACUUACUGUUCUACAGUGGAAGAUCUUCAAAUAAUUAUAAGUAAAUAUUAUGAAAUAAAAAAGAAUGACUUUAAUGAAUGGAUUUUGGUAAAACCAAUUUCAAAUACAUAUUCAGAUUACAAUAGUACAGAGGUAGACGAUGAUAUAAGUCAAAAUUCACUUGAUUAUUAUCCAACUGAUAAUGAUAUUAAUUCUAAAGAUGAAUACUGUGAAGAAGAGGAAGAAUGGAAUAGUUCAAAUAGUAUUAAUUUUGGUAAUCCAGAUCUCUGUUUUUCCACUCCUAUGAUCAAACAUUUAAGUUCAAAUAAUUGUAUAAAAAGUAAUCAAAAUCACUAUGAUGAUAAAUUUUCUAAUUCAAGUAUUUAUGAGAUAGCUAAUAAAGAAAAAAAUGAUGAAUUAGACAUGGAACUUUCAACAAGCUGCAACAAUAGUUUUUUAAUUGACGUUUGUCCAUUAUACCAAAAUGUUGAAAAUAAUAAAAGUAUUGAAAAUGAAGAUACAUUAAUUAUUGAAGACAAUAAAAAAGUAGUCCAAGAAAUUGAUCCAAGCUUUAAUAAAAUUAUUUCAGUAGAUGAUUACACUAUUUAUCAUGAUUUUACUGUUGAAAAUUUAAUGUCAAACAAUACUGAAGAUAUUAAAUUUUAUAGCACUUAUGAAAAUGACAAUAGAGAUAUGGAACUUUCUUCUAGCUGCAACAACAGUAUUAUUCUAGAUGAUGUAUCUAUUAAUAAUCCAAUAAUUUUUAGUCAACAAGAUACAUUGGAAGAAAAUGAAACUUUGAAGUACUCUGAAGAUAACAUGUGUGAUAGCAAUUCUAAUAAUGAUGUUAUUUAUGAUACUGUUAUUGAAAAUAAAUGACAUUUUUCUAAUAAAAAAUUUUUUUGAUUCUUAUACAUCUAUUGAUUUUAUGUCUGAUUAUAUAAAAUAUAAAAAUUAAUAUUUAAAGACUGUGUAUUUGCUAUGGCCACAUUAUAGCUGUAUUUCUAUAUUUUAAUAAACAAUUAAAUUUAAUGUGUUAUCUUACAAUAAAGCAAAUAAUUUUUUA